AUAUAAUAGGAUAUAUUAUUUAGUCGAUCUUGAGAAAAAAAUAAGACGAUGUCGAAAUAUUUCGUGAGUAAUAAGAAACGUAUUUACACUUUCUUGUAACGACAAUUUCGGAAUUAAGGUUGAACAGGAUCUGCGGUUUUCCAAACACGGUUAAACGAUAAUAUCACAGAGCGUGGGAGUAUUAUAGUUAAUAGUAUGCGGAGAUACAUGGUGACUGGUGUUCCGAUGAAAAACUGACUUCAACUAGCUUGAGAGUUGAAAGUGCAUAGCACUAAACUAUUAUUGUGCAACGUAGCCGCUAUAAAUCUUUUUAAAAAUGUAUAAAGUUAUUGUUAAUCUCAUUAUUAUUAUUUCUUUAACACGAGGAGAAGAUUAUUAUGAGAUCCUUGGUAUAAACAAGACUGCUGAUCAGGAUGAUAUCCGAAAAGCUUUUAAGAAGCUAGCUAUCGUUUAUCAUCCUGACAAAAAUAGCGACGAUCCAAAUGCUCAUGAUAAGUUUGUCAAAUUAACAACAGCCUAUGAGACAUUAAAGGACAGUGACUUAAGACAUAAAUAUGAUCUUUAUGGAGAAGAUGGUCUUAAUAAAUCUCAUAAGAAACAAACUUAUCAUUCUUGGAAUUAUUAUCAAAACAGUUUUAUAUACGAUGAUGACAAAUAUGUUAUUAAUUUGGGAAAAAAUGAUUAUUAUGAAAGUGUUAUUAACUCUCAUUCAAGCUGGUUUGUAAAUUUCUAUUCUCCAAUGUGCAGCCACUGUCAUCACUUAGCACCGACUUGGAAGGAAGUUGCUAAGUUACUUGAUGGCGUUGUAAAAAUUGCAGCAGUUAAUUGUGAAUAUAAUUGGCAACUAUGUCACCAAAUAGGAAUUCGUGCCUAUCCUACGUUGCUCUAUUUUCAAAAGAAUUCACAGCACGGGGAGCAUUACAGAGAAGAAAAAACACAGGAAGCCAUCACACGUUUUGUAUUAGACAGACUAAAUAUUCGUAUACAUGAAUUAAGUGAAUUUUAUUUCAAGGAGUAUUUAAGUGGCAAGAUUGUAAAGAAAAUGCCUGUGUUAAUAUUUAUAUGCGAUGAUCAACAGAAUUAUUUCACCUCCGAUGAAAGGAUUAAAGUAGCGGCUACAUUUGACAAGCUGAUUGAUGUAAAAAUGUUUACAUGUAAGAAUGAUGAGUGUCAUGAUAAGAUAUCCUAUGAUACAAACGCUGUCUAUUUACCAAUAUAUAAUAAAUCUUUUUGGGAGCCUAUAUUCCUUGAUGGCAUAUUUGAUAUAAAUAUAUUAAUAGAAAAACUCUUAGAUCAAUUGCCUGGUCCACAAGAGCUAUCUGACAAUGAUUUUAAAUAUAUUAGGAAAAUAAAGUCCGACGUUACCUGGCUUAUAUGCUUUUACAUUGGUGACAUUGAAAAUGUACGAGAUUUGAAUUUGCAAACGAAAAAGUUUUCACCCAGUGGUAUUAAACUAGGUAAAAUAAAUUGUGGUAGAAACGGACAAUUUUGUUCUAAAUUGGGUGUAACACGAUAUCCAAUUUGGGGCAUGCUUAAACCGGGUGGAGCAUUUGAAUUUCAUCACGGAAGUAAUCUCAAUAAUGAUAUUAUUAAAUUUAUGCAAAUUAGUAUGAAAACUACAAAUGUUUGGGCUCUCUCUACAGAAGAAGCAUUAUCGAUAUUACAAAGGAGCAAUGGAGAUGAAGUAUGGUUUCUAGAUUGGUUUACACCAUGGUGUCCACCUUGUAUAGAGUUUCUGUCAGAACUUCGGAAAGCAUCGUUAGAAUUUGAUACGUCAAUAGUUCGUUUUGGCACUAUUGAUUGUACCGCUCACAAUACAUUAUGUCAUCAAUACAACAUACAAUUUUAUCCUACUGCUAUGCUUAUAAACGGUAGCAAUACAUAUCAGUUCACAUUAUCAAAGACUGCUGCAAAUGUUAUGUAUUUCAUUAAUGAAAAAAGAAACCCAUCAGUUAUAGAGUUAACAACAAAAAAUUUUCGUCAGAAAUUGGGGAAGAAAAAGAAUGAUGUUAUAUGGAUUGUUGAUUAUUUUGCUCCAUGGUGUGGGCCGUGUCAAAGAUUAGCACCUGAAUGGUCAGCCGUUGCGAGAUCGCUGAGCGCUUUAUCUUUUGUAAAUGUUGCCAGUGUAAAUUGCGAGACUGAGGCUUCCUUAUGCACAUCCCAAGGAGUGCGGUCUUACCCCGAUAUUAGAAUAUAUCCAUUAGGAAGUGAGGGUUUAAACACAGUCGCUUUGUACAAUGGGCAGCGAGAUUCGUUAUCUAUGUUAACCUGGAUAACAACAUUCUUCCCAAAGAAAAUCCCUGAUUUAAAUUUUUCUGACCUUCAAAAGCUAUUGAACAGCAAGCAUAAUUUGAUAAUCUAUUUUUCUUUACCAAAUUGUCAUCAUUGUCAAAAGUUGCAACCUGAGUUUGCAAUUGCUGCUCAGUUGCUGGAUAAAGUGAAAUUUGGAAGGAUUGAUUGUUCCUUCUAUAUACAUAAAUGCGAACAACAUAUAAAACAAAGUAUACAGGUACAAUAUAUAUCUUUUCCAACGCUAAUAUUAUAUAAUUCUAAGGAAAAAAAACGAAGUAAGCACAAUAGCGUCGAAAUUGUUGCGAGAACGACUCAGAAAAUCACGGAUGAAAUUUUAAAUAUUAUUAAUUCUCGGACAAAACAUGACGAAUUAUAAUAGACAAAAUGCCUAAUUGAA